AUGGAGGGGCUCUUGCAUUACAUAAAUCCAGCACAUGCCAUUUCGCUUCUAAGCGCACUGAAUGAGGAGCGUCUAAAGGGACAGCUGUGUGAUGUUGUUCUUAUAGUAGGUGAUCAGAAAUUCCGAGCUCAUAAAAACGUGCUGGCUGCCAGCAGUGAAUACUUCCAGACUCUCUUCACAAAUAAGGAGAAUGAAUCUCAGACAGUGUUUCAACUUGACUUUUGUGAGCCAGAUGCUUUUGAUAAUGUGUUAAACUACAUUUAUUCUUCAUCCUUGUUCAUCGAAAAAGGCAGUCUUGCAGCUGUGCAAGAACUGGGCUACAGUCUUGGAAUAUCCUUUCUUACAAACAUUGUUUCUAAGAGUCCUCAAGCUCCUUUUCCAGCUUGCCCUAUUAAGAAAAUACUGUAUCAAGAUGAAGAUGAAAGUAGUUCUCAGAAGAGAAGUGUUAUUGUCUGUCAAAACAGAGUUGAAGCACAAGCGAAAAGUGUAAGUCAAACACAACAUGAUUUAAGCCAUACUUCUAAAUCUUCACCCUCUGUUGCUGUCAAAGCUAGCAGUAGACCACAGGUAACAAAACCAGCUGAAACCCUUCACAACUUAUCGCUGACCGAAAGGAGAUGGCUGAAAGAAAGCCCCGUGAGCUACGCCAAGGUUCAUGAAACUUCUGGAGCUGUGGAGGAUCAGAGCAGAGGCGGUUUAGUGAAAAGGAACACAGUGCUGCCUCAAAUGCCUUUAGCAGAGAAACAAAUUGCAAGCGAUGAACCAGGAAGCAGUGGUCAGCUUUUAAGAGGAAAGGCUGCAGAGAUGUCAUUAAAAAGACCGCGUCCACCAGUCUUGUCUCUGCGUGGCACAUCAGAAUCUACAUUUGUGUUGCGGGAGGCAGGAAAAGGAAACGGUCAGGGUGAAGACAGGAAUUUGCUAUACUACUCAAAGUUAGGGCUAGUAAUCCCAUCGAGUGGAUCUGGUCCAGAAAACCAAAGUAUUGACAGAAGUGGGCCACUCGUAAAAAGUCUCCUUCGAAGGUCACUGUCCAUGGAUAGCCAAGUCCCUAUUUAUUCACCUUCUGUCGACUUGAAACCUUCACAGGUAUCAUCCUCCUCCUCACCAGGGACUAAUGAUUCCCAGAAGACAUUUAAUGUUGUAUCUCAGAAGUCAUCCUUGAAAGAGUCAUCUGAGAAGUUAGUCUUAGAUGAAAAACCACAGUUAAUACACCCACAUCGCCUUAGGUCUUUCAGUGCCUCUCAAUCAACAGAUAGGGAGGUCGCUUCCCCUCUCACAGAGGUGCGAAUAAAAACCGAACCUAGCAGUCCACUUUCAGAAAAAAAAGUUACAGUGGAUGGAGCUCCGGUGCCAAUGAAUAAAGACUUCCAUUUUAAAACAGAGGAUGAUGAUAAAGAACCAAGUAGACUUCCAGCAAAAAGGAGAUUUCAAGCUGAUAGAAGACUACCGUUUAAGAAACUGAAGGUGGAUGAGCAGGUGGAUGAGCAGGGUUCUCCUGGGUCAGAAGAUAACUUUGAGGAAGGCUCAAGCCCUACGCACCUUGAUGCUGAUUUUCCUGAUUCUGAUGUCAGUAAAGAUGAAUACAGCGAGAUGGAAGAAGCAAGACCAAAUAAAAAAUUUAAAUGCAAGCACUGCCUUAAAAUUUUCCGAUCAACAGCAGGUCUUCAUCGUCAUGUUAACAUGUAUCAUAAUCCAGAGAAGCCCUAUGCUUGUGACAUAUGCCACAAGAGAUUUCAUACAAAUUUCAAAGUGUGGACGCACUGCCAGACACAACAUGGAAUUGUGAAGAAUCCCUCACCAGCUUCAAGUUCGCAUGCUGUUUUGGAUGAAAAAUUCCAAAGAAAACUGAUUGAUAUAGUGAGAGAGAGAGAAAUUAAAAAAGCUCUCAUCGUUAAACUAAGGCGUGGCAAGCAAGGUUUUCAGGGACAGUCUGCUUCCCAAGCACAACAAGUCAUCAAAAGGAAUUUGAGAUCGAGAACCAAAGGAGCCUAUAUUUGUACCUACUGUGGGAAAGCUUAUCGUUUCCUCUCGCAGUUUAAACAGCACAUAAAAAUGCACCCAGGGGAGAAACCAAUUGGAGGAAAUAAGGCUCCUAAGCAGAAAGAUCAUAUUCAUAUGGAAAGUUCAGUAGAAAGCAAAGAAGUUUAUCAUUGCCGUCUCUGCAAUGCUAAGCUCUCCUCACUUAUUGAACAGGGAAAUCAUGAGCGACUCUGUAGAAAUGCUACUGUCUGUCCUUACUGCAGCCUUAGAUUUUCUUCUCCAGAGCUGACGCAUGAGCAUGAAAGCAAGUGUGAAUACAAGAAGCUUACUUGUCUGGAGUGUAUGCGUAGCUUUAAAUCAUCCUUUAGUAUUUGGCGUCAUCAAGUUGAAGUUCACAAUCAAAACACAAUGGCUCCAUCAGAGAACUUUUCUUUACCUAUCCUGGAUCACAACGGAGAAAUAACUAGUUCGUCAAGGUUGCCUCCUCAGUCGGAAUCCAACAAAAUGAACAAUUUUGUGGCUGCAAAGGAGGAUGGUGUAUUCAGUGAUUCGUCAGAACAAAUAAAUUUUGAUUCUGAAGAUUCCUCAUGCCUACCUGAAGACUUAAGUGUUUCCAAGCAGUUUAAAAUCCAGAUCAAAGAAGAGCCUGCGGAUGACAUGGAGGACGAGGUCACCGAAACGAGCAGAGAACCUAAGGAGGUAGUCUCCAACAAAGAUGCUGGUUUGUGGCCCUGUGAAAAGUGUGGGAAGAUUUUCACCGUACGCAAACAGCUGGAGCGUCACCAAGAGCUCCUGUGCUCUGUGAAGCCGUUUAUUUGCCACGUGUGUAACAAGGCCUUCCGAACCAACUUCCGCCUCUGGAGUCACUUCCAGUCUCACAUGUCACAGGCCGCAGAGGAGUCCACAAAUAAGGAGCCUGAGAUAUGUCCACCAGCUAAUUCCCCAUCACCACCACCCUUACCUCCACCCCCACCCCUCCCCAAAAUUCAGCCUUUGGAGCCCGAUAGUCCGACGGGCUUGUCCGAAAGCUCCACUGCUACUGAAAAGCUGUUCGUACCACAGGAGUCGGACACGCUCUUCUACCAUGCUCCACCCCUCUCAGCAAUCACAUUCAAAAGACAAUACAUGUGUAAGCUCUGUCACAGGACUUUCAAGACAGCUUUUAGUCUCUGGAGCCAUGAACAGACUCACAAUUAGCUUUACCAGAUACCUUAAAAAGCUGGUUUGGUGGAGGGUCUGUUCAGGAUCUCAGAUGUAUGCCAUGUAAACUAGCAACCUAAGAGGAUCAAAACGAUGACGACAACAACGAAAAAAUCAUGGAAUUUGUCAUGCUGCUUGGAUUUGAAGAUUAAGGUAAACUAACUUGGUUAGUAGGUAGAAAGCAAGAGUAAUUUAAAAUACUGUGGUCUGGGAUCUAAUGGUAACAGAAUAAUUUUUAUUUCAUUUAACAUUGAAAUACGAACACAUCUGGAUUGUAUGCAUGGAUCUUCAUCCUGUGAUGUUGGUGUGUGCGUGUGUAUUAAAUAUAAAUUUAUAUAUUAAAUGAAAAAGCAACAACAAUUUGGA